ACAAUGUGCUUUUGACACCUCCCGAUAUAGAAGCCCAUGUCCUGUACCGCUAUUGUAGCCGAGACAUAUAUACAGCUAUCUUAUCUACCUCUCCCACUCGCACGGCAUCUUUUGCGUUUAGUAGGCUUGGUUAACCACCUCGCCGGCCUCCUGCGCGGAUCGAUCGACCCAGGUGGAGUAGGCAGCGCGGCGGUAUGAAGGUGCAGUGCGACGUGUGCUCGGCCGAGGCAGCCUCCGUCUUCUGCUGCGCCGACGAGGCCGCGCUGUGCGACGCGUGCGACCGCCGCGUCCACCGCGCCAACAAGCUCGCGGGGAAGCACCGCCGCUUCUCCCUCCUCCACCCAUCGUCAUCCUCCUCCUCGUCCGCCCAGAAGCCGCCGCUCUGCGACAUCUGCCAGGAGAGGAGGGGGUUCUUUUUCUGCGUGGAGGACAGGGCGAUCCUGUGCCGGGAGUGCGACGUGCCCGUGCACAACGCGAGCGAGAUGACGAGGCGGCACAGCCGGUUCCUGCUCACCGGCGUGCGCGUCUCCUCGGCGCCGGUGGACUCCCCUGCGCCAUCGGAAGAGGAUCAGGAGGAGGAGGAAGAGAACAGCAGCAGCCCCCGCAACGCCGACUCCUCCAGCGGCGCCGGCGCGAGCGCGGCCACGGCGAGCGCGAGCGACGGGAGCAGCAUCUCCGAGUACCUGACCAAGACGCUGCCCGGGUGGCACGUCGAGGACUUCCUCGUGGACGACGCGGCCGCUGGCGUCGGCGCCUGCUCAGACGGCCUCUAUCAGCAGGGUGGAGAAGCUCAGAUGGGAGGGCUGCUGCAAGAAGCUUACAAGCCGUGGAUGGAGCGGGAGCGGCUGCUCGGUGAUGUCGUUGUUACCGCCGACGAGCGGGCCAGCCAGGAGCGGUGGGUGCCCCAGAUGCACGCGGAGUGGACCAGCAACAAGCGACCUAGAGUGUCCCCUUCAUGUUCUUACUAGUGAAAAUUAAAACUCUUCAUCUUCUGUAACAUAUGUAUUACAGUACUACUAGAAAGUAGUAGAGUGGAGAAGCUCAGUUUGGUGGGCUGUUGCAAGAAGCUUACACGCCAUGGACAGGGCGAGAGUGGCUGCUUGGUGACGUCGUUGUUACCGCCGACGAGCAGACCAGCUGGGAGUGGUGGGUGCCCCAGAUGCACAUGGAGUGGACCGGCAGCAAGCGACCUAGAGUGUCCCCUCCAUAUUUUUAUUGGUGAAAAUUAAAACUCUCCAUUAUCUGAAACAUGA